AUGACUUGUCCCGGGCAACGUCGAGGCAGCUACUAUCACGAGCCAAUGCAACAGCAAGGGGUAUAUCCAGUGUGCGUUAUCAAGUGGCGAGGAGAUGUAGUAGGAAGACUAGAAAGAAGACUCUGGCACGGGGAAAAGUCAUCGAAUCUGACGCGUGCGACCUCCCGCCAACUGCUGGCAAAAGCCAAUGAGUCUGCGAGGGCUACAUCAGGGGUAGCUGGGAGAUACACCUCUAAAUUAAAUAAGACGGAUUUUGCGACUAUAAACAACCAGCUAUCGGUCCUAAUGGAGGUGGUGGCACAUUUGGGCCUAACACCGGAGUCCAGCAAAAAUGACAUAGAUAAAGCCAAUACAAGGGCGGAGAUGGCGAACGUGGCCUGGGGCGUAGCUGCGUACAGAAGAUGGAAGCUGAAGCCGAAAAUGUAA